AUGCCAGCUCCGCUACCCGAAAAGGCUCUUUCAGGGCACUGCUCUGUCAUCAACAACAACACUCUAUACGUCCUGUCGCCCGACUCGUUCCAGGCUCUACCGCUCGCCGAAAAUGCCACAUGGACUUCAAUAGACAUGGGCAAACCCGUGACUGGCCACACAUGCCUUCGCGCAGUCCCCAAUGGAGACGAAUCACAAGCCGCACUAUACGUGGUAGGCGGCACAUCAGACGACAACUCAUAUGGAGGACUACAACGUUAUAUCUUCUCGAACCAGUCUUGGGAGACCCUCGACCUACCUACGGAAGACAUGAAAGGCCGUGUAAACCAUGGCGUAGCAUACCUGAACGACUCGUCUUCUAUCCUUGUAUAUGCCGGUUCUCGAAGUGGCGUUGAGCUUUCAUCGCAGACCUUUGUCAUCUCAACUAAGCAACCUUUCAACAUUGAAUCAUUCACAUCCCAGGCCCCGACCGUCUCCAACCCAAUUCUAUUACCGUGGGACGAUAGUUCCGCCGUUCUCUUGGGCGGCUCCAAGUCUAACACUGGUAUCUGGACUUUCAGCAAGAGUAGCAGUUGGACCAGGCUGGAGACUAAUCUUACCUCAGCACUUUCUGACGGCGCAAAGGGUGCACUGGUUACUGGUAGUGAUGGUAGCAAAGUUCUCACGGUUUACGACGCAAAAACCACACCCAAUGGAGUCACACAACUUGUAUUGUUGGAUGCUGACGGUCAGCCGGCGAGCACUGGUCAGACUGUCGGUGAUAAGUCCAGCCAAUCAUCUUCAGGCAAACUCAAGCGCGACUUGACUCUUGAUAACUGGCCGACCUACAACAGCAGUUCGGCACCAUCGGUGAAGAGAUCAGAUUACUCUGUCGCACAAAACGACGAGGGUACUCUUGCUGUCAUCAGUGGAGGCAACGACGACACCCCUGUCAAUGUAUUCAACCAGACUAGCAACUCAUGGGUUGACAACCAGGUCUUGUUCGGUGGCCAGGUCCCUCUGACGACAACAUCGGCGUCGAGCUCAUCUGCCCUUCCUACCUCGACAAGUACGCACGCCUCUGCAACAUCAUCUGCUGCCGCAAAGUCGAAAGAGCAUUAUGACUCUGGUGCCCACACUCGCAAGGUUCUUGGAAUCACUNCUCGGUCUUUUGCUCGGUCUUCUCGCGGUACUCAUCAUUGCACUCCUUCUUGUCAGACGUCGCAAGCAACAAAGAGAAAGACCACUGGUGGUGACGAGAAGGCAGACAGAAUGAGCUUCCAAGACAGAGGUGCAUCUUUCAUGAAAGAGGCAAGUGGCACAGUGACCGAUGCUCCACCACAAUUGCCCAGGCCUGUCAUGGGUUCUUACGACAAUCGCAGCUCUUUUGCUAUCCUUGCCGGCAAACUUGGAGCUGAUCGUUUCAGCAAGCGUUUCAGCAGAUUUAGUGCGUCCGAGAAGACCCCGGUUAAUAGCAGCACCAACCCUUACUCAAACUUGGAGCCACCCAAGUCUGCAUACCACCACCAAGCCAACGACUCAUCAAGCUCGUUGGCCAUCAUCUCUGGAAAAUACGGAAACAAGCACAGUAAAAGCCAUGGCGAGAAGGGCAGUUUCGACAGCACCACCAAACUGGUACGAUCACCAACGAGCCCGCAGAGCUUUGAUGAUCCCAUGGAAAUGGAGUCUUUGGAUGGUCAAACGCCCAAGAUGGCUUCUGCUCGUGGUCCUCCACCUGUAGUGUCAUCUCUCAGAGUUGUGCAGAACCAGAACAGGGAAGAGGACAUGCAGACAAAACGCAGCUCAGGCUGGUCAAGGUACUUUGCAGACCAGAACAACGGUGGCGCAUACGACCCUGCAGCACAAAGUUCACCCAACCUCAGUGCAUCAAUCCAUACAUCACCUAACCUUAGUGUUUCUGACUACACACCAUCACUUCAGCAUCCCUCUGCUAUAGUGGCACCUCUUGAUGUGGAUCAUAAGUCGCACUUGCAUCCAGCAGACGCCCACAACCACCGCCUGUCAGCUGUGGGUAUGGGCAGACCUAGCUUCAGUCACAGCGUCGAGGACUUCUCCGCAAGAGGAGCCAGCUUCGACAUGGCCGAGGGUCAACGUGCUGACUUCCACACUGGUCAAAGUCUGGAAAGCCAAGGCUAUCUUGAUGGAGCCCGUGAGUCGUUCGCAUCGUCAAGACGCAGCAGUGUAGCGUCAUCACAGUUUCUCUCCCACGGCGAUGAGUGGACACCUGUUCACGGCGGCGCAACAAUCGCAACCGCCCAAGCAACCAACACUGCUCAAGUUGUAAACAGAAAAUCACCAAACUCGCCCGCAGUCAACGAAGUCAACAUCCCUGCCUCACCUGCCGUUUCCGCCUCCGCCUUCCCUCGCCCACCAUCAAGCACCUAUACCGCAGACGUAGAUCGCGACAGCCGCAUGCACGGCUUUGAAGCACCCAAUGCCCUCGGUCGUGCUCUAAGCCCUCCCGCCGCCGUGGCCAUCCCUGGUCCCGCUGCCCGUGGCAACAGCGGCGGCGGCUUCUUCCCUGGUAGUGGCACACGUGCCAUGCAUGAUCGUCCCAACCCUGCCCUCGCCGGUUCAGCCCGCAAGCUCGGAGCUCUCCACCCUGGUACCCUCGCUGCCCUCCGCUUCACACCCGACCGUGCAGCUCCUCAACCGCCACAAGCCGGUCUCGGCAUCCGUAACCCUGACGAGAACAGAGACUCGGCAGCAACAAUUUGGCCUUCCGCCACUGCAACCCUUGCGCAGCAGGAGCGCGAGGAAGCGUUUAGACAACGCUUGGAGGCCGAGAGACAGAUGAAGCAAAGGAUGGACAAUGGCGGCGCGACCAGAAGGACACAAGCCAGUGAUAUCAGUUGGGUGGACAUUGGACAGAACUAG